CUCUGCGUCACUCUAUCACACAAACACAUACGUUGCUGGUAACCAAAUAAGUUGUGGAAGAGGAAGAGGUACCCCUCCCAGGGGAGAACCAUCACUAGUGUUCAGCUCAGAUCUCUUUGAAAGAGUAGGCAGGUAGAGCUGAUAACCAAAAAUAGAAUCUGAAAGACAAAGCUGUCCUCGUUACAGCUGAGAAAGCGCUGUAAAUAAAGCAGCUAUAACCAAGACACUUCUUCAGAAGUUAAUCCUAGAAGAAUGGAAGUGGUUCUGACCAGACUUAGAGAUUUCUCCUGUAAAGAAGCCACUUUUAAUGACUGCAAGGCUGCAGUGAUGUUCAGAGAGCAGCCAGCAACAGAGGACGCGUGCAGGACUGCGAGUAUGGACCGUGACCACACUGGACGACUGGACAUUGAGAGUGCUCUGGCCUGGCUGAGACGAGAACUGAUGGAGAUGCGGUCUCAGGACCAGGCUCUGAUACGGCAGCUGAUGGAUCUCCAUGAGGGCAUCCAGGAGCUGAAGCAGGAGUGUGCUGUGGAAUACGAAGAGGAGGAGGAGCAGGACGUAGAUGAGGAGCCGUGCUGGGACUCUGGGAGUGAGACAGGGGGGAGCAGUGCCUCCUCUUACUCAGGAGAGAUGUGCUUUUACCCUUCUAUCUACUCUCCCUUCCACACCAGUCCACUUCCUGUAGGGUUCCUGCCUAAGAGAGCCUUCAGCCGCCGCAGCUCAGUACCUUAGAAAGCUGCCACAUGAAAAUUUCUCUAUUAUGUAUUGCACAAAUUCAAACAUCUGUACAGCUUCCUGAAUUAUCACUGCCUGCAUUUGACAGGAAAUCACAAUAUAUAAAUGUAUGGGUGGGUGAUAUGACAAUAUGAUAUGGUUACCUUGACAAACAAUGUCACAAUAAGUCUUAUUGAGUAUAUUGUGGCUAUCGGCGGUAUUUUCACAAAAUGGACCAACUACACGUUUCAUUAAAAAGUGUUUAAAAAGCUUGAGAAACAUAGUGUAUUUGAGGGAGCAGAACUAAGAUAAUAAUAAUGACAAUAGUAGAUCACUCACAUCCUGUGUCAAGUUUUUCAGUUAGCAAGUUUGCUUUGAAUACUCUUUCAAUGCAUUCGCAAAUAUCAGAUUCAGCCACUCACGGGGGUCCAAAGCACAACCCAUGUUACACAAUAUUCCUCUGUGCAAUGUGUGCAAUUACACCUUUCCACCAGAGAGGUCUCCAUAUUCACAAAUCUUUUAUAGUGCAGCUUCAAAGUGUUAUUUUGGAACAUUUUUACUGGUCAUCCAUAAUUAAACUUUUAUGCAAUGUAAAGGGCAGCAAACAUUUUGAAAUUAUGCAAAGAAAAAAGAAACAGAAAUACAGAGAAAAAUGAAAGCACAAGGUUUUGUCCCAACAAUGACGACACUUUUUUAAAAGUAAUGAUGCCAGACUUGGACUUUUGUCUACUUUAAUUACAUUUCAAUGAAUAGUUCCUUAAAUGAAUACUUCACUUUUCAAUUUAAUCUUUAUCUACCGUAUCUGUAGCAUACAGACAAUGAUUUACACAUUUUCCCUUUACUUAGUGAAAGGACAGCUUGAGAUAGACACAUAGAGAGAGGUAGGUGGGUAGAGUUUAGGUUGGAAAGCAUAAUCCUUUGAAGAAUAUUUAUUUGAAGACCCCUCUUUUGAAAGGUUUAUUAGGUAUCAUGAACAUGUCUUCAAGUAUUGUGAUGUUAGAUUUUUGCCAUAUUUCCCACUCUCGCACUAGGGUGAGGGCUGAAUUCUGGAAAAGUGCGUGACUGGGUUUCAAUAGCAGCAGUUCAGAAGUUGAGGGUAGGCUGGAAUGCUGUGUGAGUGUGAAUUCUGAUCAUUAUCACAGCUCUAAAUCAGACAAGGUCUCUUGAGAUAGGCUGCUGUUGUCUAUUGUGUUCGCCCUGAUUUUAUUUCACUGACAAACAUUGUUUUGAUGAAGCGCUCUGUAGAUGUAGCUGUAUGUAAGUAUGUGAGUGCUUAUGAGAGCCAGUGUACAUGUAUUUAGUUAUGUUUGGACACACAUGCCUUAUUCCUCUCAGACAGUAGGCCACUGUUGUUGUCUUCAUUACUGCACAGGCAUGAUUCCCUGUGUAUGGAGAGUGAUUUCACUACCUUACAGCCAUAGAGGAGUACACAAUUUUGGCAAUUAACAAAACAAAACUCUAGUGUUUUUUAGCGCACACUAAACUGCAUCACUCACUGAAUCUAUGAGGUUCUUUGGAGCUUGUCACAGUCUCUGCCUUCCCUCAAAAGUGAAUGAGAGCUUGCCAGAGCCUGUUUAUGGUAUGUAAGGCUGACACUGAGCAUGUGUUCUCUGAUCAACUCUUUUCAGACUACAGGUGAGCAAUAAAACAACAUUAAUAUAAGAAAUUAUCAUUUCAUAAGGUCAGCUUUCUAGAAAAACUAAUAACAGUCUGUAUAGUAACUUUUAACACAGUGUAAGAAUGACAGUCACAUAUGCGUCACUACUGAGGAGCAUUGGGUACCACUUUACAUUAGAACUACCCUUACAAAGAGUUCAUGAAUGGUUUAAAAUGAGAUUGUUAAUGAUGACUGGCACCUGUCUAGGGUGUUCCCUGCCGAUUGCUGGGAUAGGCUCCAGCUCCCCCCAAAACCCAGAAGGUUAAGCAGCAUCGAAACAGUAUAUGAGUGUGACUGUAGUAACGGGUUAGGUUAUAAACACCUUAAAAAUGUUUAGAAGUACUUAUAACACAUAAAUAAAAAGGCUAACAGGGGCUUGUCAAACAGUGAGCCCACUUUCGUCUAUCCUGUUAAACCUCAGAACUUGCAGGUUACUUAUCUCACUUUGUCUUCUCCAUCAGUCAGCAUUGUACAUUAUCUAUCAACAUCAUCACAUACUCACAAUUAUCAGAUGCAACAGGUCACUAUUGCCCUUUUAUUUAGGUCUUAUAACUGCUUGUUGAUUAUUUAAGGUAUAUUUAAUAAGCAUUAAUGAACUCAUUUUAAACCAUUAAUAAGCCCUUUAUAAAAAUUUGCAAAGUUAUAUUGUAGUGAUGCCCAUUUAUUGAAAGUCAAGUGGUCUUUUAUACUCCACCUCCAUUGAAUGUGCUGUAGGUCACACCAGAAACCAGAAGUAAGUAACAACUUUUGCUAUAUGUCCAAGUUUGUUUACACCUGCUCAAGAGCACUAAAGGGGAGACUUUACUGCUGUAACAGUGUUACACAGCAGUGCGCUACACCUCUCCAACACUUGGCACUGGAUAUGGUGACUUUAGGCUCUUGUGCGGCUAUUCCAGAGCACCCCAUUCUAUUAGCAAUGCUCUUCUAUAAAGAUUAUACUUGAGUGUACUAUGGGUGUAACUGAAUGCCUGCGUCAUCAAUGGAUGCACCUCAAAGCAACUGAAUUCACUAAUUGGUGGGGGGGUCUGGAUAAUUUAGACAUGUAGUGUUGGUAAAUCUUUUAGUCUAGUUAUUUCCCAAAAGAAGAACAGAAGAUUUGGUUGAUCUCCUAAAAAUCAAACAGUUGGUAGGAUUUCUAGGUUUGUGGUGCCGCCACAAGCCCACUGACUGUCUAUAUUCCCCAAAUUAUCUAAAUUGCAUAAAAGCAUUGCUCUUGAACAAACAAGAACAUUCAUGGGGAUGCUGGUCAUUUACUGUAAUCAUGUUAAAUAUCUGACAACACUUUUUUCGAGUGUGAAGAUGUAUUUUGAAAUGUGAAAUUAUGUAUACUAUGAAUGUAACGUUUCUGGGACUGAUAUCAUAAAUGGUAUGCCAUGAUAAAAAGCUUAAUCAUUA